ACCGAGCAGUGCACAUCGGCCCUCAACCUACUCUCUCGCUAACAAAACACUCGCACACAUUCAAAUGGCAGCCAUGGUCGACCGGGUUCUUGCCCUGGCCCCGCACCUGGGCCCCAGCCCAACCUCGUCGCCCUCGAAGAUGUCCGGCCACGGCCCCAUGUCGUCCGCGUCCAGCACGGCGUCCAGCAGCUCCUCCAGUUCGGCGUCGUCCGACCUGGUGCGCUGCAAACGCAAGAUCAACUUCCAGCAGCAGUUGGCGUACGGAAACCUGCCCGGACAGCCGGUGUCCGUGGCCCGACGCAACGCCCGCGAACGCAAUCGCGUCAAGCAGGUCAACAACGGCUUCUCCACCCUCAGACAGCACAUCCCCUUCACGGCCCGCAACAAGAAGAUGAGCAAGGUGGAGACCCUGCGCUGCGCCGUCGAGUACAUCCGCAGUCUGCAAAUGAUGCUGGACGAGAAGAAGGAGGACUUGCCGGUGGCAGCGUCGCCGGCGCCGUCCGAAGUUGAGGCCCCACAGCACUACGCGCCGGCCUUUAGUCCGACCACCAGCGAGCACAGCAGCGUCUCGUCCUACCACCAGCAGCAGUUCCAACCGCAGCCCCUGAUGCACCACCUGAUGCAGCCGGCGUCGCUGUCGCCGCCGUGCAGCGCCGCCAGCGAGCCCGCCUCGUCGCCGACACCGUCCUUCGAGGAGUCGGAAACAACGUCCUACCACCCCAUGUACCCUGAGCCGACCACCACGGUCGUCCCUGUGCAGGCGUACGACAACUACCAGCCCAUGAGUCCUGAGGACGAGGAGCUCCUCGACGCAAUCUCCUGGUGGCAACAGAGUCAAUAAGCAGAAUUUUGAUCUAUUUUGGCCGAGGAGUCUUUCUUUCGAGUCGAUCUCUGCGCAGCAGGAUGGCAACUCCAGUAGCAAAUUUCCAUGUGAUACCACCGCCGAAUCAGCCAGCACAAUCUCAUCACCUCCAACCCAUAGUUUUCAAAACACAUACCUCACCGCGGAACACACUGCCUCAACCACCAAAUAGCUCAAGAGCUGCAGCCGACCAGUUAUCUUAUCAAAAUGGUGCCUUAAAAAGCCGUGAACUUUGUGACCUCAGAAACGCCUACAUAUCUCAGCCAAGAACAGUAAAACAUAUCAACAAAGUACGCAUUUUUUUAAAUACCUGUUCCUGUAAAUAUUCAAAAUUGGUGACUUUGACUCCUCUCAAAGCAUUUAUAUGCCCAUACGCAGAAAAAUUGUUUCUAGUCAAAUUUUGCAUUGCUCUGAAGCGCGUCGGCGCGCCACCCGUUCAUUUAUUUUUGUGUAAAUUUUUGCCCUGUAUUUAUAUUAUAAUUUAUUUUAUACUCUGCAUAUCGACUAGGCUUAAAUUGAUAACUCCUCAAAAUCAGCCACACAGACAUCUCAUUUAAUGUUAUAAAAUAAUGAUUGUUGUAAAAAAUGAUGAUGCUCAAAAUGUUUGUUUGUGAUUAGAGGCCAUUGAAAACACCUUUGCCCUAUUUAAAACAAUUGUAAACCGCCCAAAGGUGCCUUACUUAAAUAACAUUGCCAAGUUUGAAUUCGAAAACCGUUAAAUCUCAAUGAUUGUUCUCGUUCCAAAAGGAUCUCGAUUGUUUAAGUUGAAAAUCGGUGGGUUCUGUAUUUGCCUGUACAAACACGAAUUUAAAGGAAUUGAAGCGACCCACUUCAAAUUGUAUUUUUGGAACUUUCUCGAUUUUGUAGAGGAGGUGAAGUACUUUUUAUCAACGCAAAAAAGAGGAAAGUUGAAGGGAAAAGAUGUUUAAAAUCCGCAGUUUAUUAUUGAUGGUGUACAUUGUAUUUUAUAUGUUUAUUCUAUAUAUUGACAAAUAAAAGAAAAUACAUGUUUGUA